UUUCCCCCUGUCUCCUCCUCCGCCGCCCGCCCCUUUCCGCGCUGCCGCCGGUCCCGGCUCCCUGCUCCCGCUUCCCGGCUCCCGGCUCCCGCUUCCCGGCUCCCGGCUCCCGGCGGCGAUGCUGCGGCGUUGCCCACCGGGCCCCCCGCCCCUCCUCCGCGCCCUGCCGCCCGCCGCCCCCGCCGUCCGACAGCGUCUGCGGGAGUGCGCAGCGCGGAUCCCGGAGGCUGAAGCGGUACUCGACCUGCUGGAGAAAUGUCCCGAGCACCAGAAGAAGGGGGGUUUUCCCGUCGUGGUUUUCGAGGGGCUGGAUGCCACAGGCAAAACCACGGUAACCCAAUCUGUUAAGGACACCCUGAAUGGCAUUCUGCUAAGGUCUCCACCAGCUUGCAUCAGCCAGUGGAGGACAAUAUUUGAUGAUGAGCCAGCACCCAUUAAAAGAGCGUUUUAUGCUGCGGGCAACUACAUUCUUGCUUCAGAAAUAGCGAAAGCAUCCACUCAGGCACCUGUGAUCAUAGACAGAUACUGGCACAGCACAGCUGCCUACACAAUUGCCACUGAAAUAAAUGGGGAAGUUCAGGAUCUUCCACCAGUUCAUGAUGAGGUGUACCAGUGGCCUGAGGAUCUGCUUAAACCCGAUCUUGUUCUUCUCCUGACUGUUGACCCCAAGGAGCGAGUCCGGAGACUUCAGUGUCGAGGGCUGGAGAAAACAAAGGAGGAAGCUGAGCUGGAAGCUAACUGCUUGUUUCGCCAAAGAGUUGAAGAGUCAUACAGAAGGAUGGUAAAUCCUGCGUGCCAAGAGGUCGAUGCCAGCCCCCCCAAGGAAGAGGUUCUCAAGACAGUGCUACAGCUAAUUAAGAAACACUGUGCUUUGUGAAAGCAACUUCUGUGUAAUAGCACUUGAAAGAUACUUUUUAGUGCACUUAAAAGAUACUUUUAAUGUACUUUUUGGUACCUGAAAAAGCACUGUGAUGUGUUUCUUCCCACAGAAGAAUCUUCUCUUUCUUUUGCCGACAGUAAUCUGUGCAGGUUAUCUGUUUCACCGUUGCCUACUGUGCUUUCCUGUGCAAGGCAAAUGUUAUUCGGCAUUCUCAGUAAAGCCACAAGCAUAUUACGGUCAUGUACAAAGUACCUCAGAGUGCUCUCUGGCACUGUGACAUUUCAAGAUGCUAUCGUGUUGCAUCUUCGUCACCAGGAGAACCUGUUCCCGCAUCAGUUGUGUCCCAGAAUUCACUGGGCUGCAGCGGGAGAUGUAGGUGCCCAAGGAGCGGCUGAAAUGUCAUCCAGCGGUAAAGCAAUAAAAGGAUCAUAGCACUGAUGAACAGAGAAUCCAGUGGCCGAGUGGUGUUUACUGGAAUAGAAGACGAUCAGCUGCUGCUGUGAUGGGCAUCCUGCAAAAAAUGUGUCAUAAAUGAGGGCCGAUAAGCAUCUAGGUCUCCAAGUGAUAAAGUCUAAGCCUGUCCCCAUAUGGUCUGCAAAGGCUAAUGUUUUCGUACUUUAGUUUCACUAUUGUUGCUCCUAAGUGUAAAACUAAACAUAUGGAUAAGCCUUUGUGGGAUCAGAAAAGAACUGCAAAUCCUGAAAGAACAUAACUAAAAUGUAAAUUGGAUUUAAAACACUAAUUUUACUUACUUUCCUAUGUUAAGCAAGUGCAAUUAUCAGUGAAGCUGUACCAUAAAUAAAAAAGUACUCGGGACUGCAGUUCUGAUAUCCA